UGAUCUCUUCCGAGAGUCUCCCGUUUAGCCAGUCGAUACAUCCAAAAACCUCACGCGCUCUCCCCUCGCCGCGAAGCCGGCGAGAAGGGACCCCACGCCGCGAACCUCGCUCGCCGGGAUCCGCUCCGUCUUCGUCGCUCUCCGGGCGACCGCGCCGAGCAUAUAACUGCUACUACCAUGGCAUCAAACACAGGAGCGUCAGGAUGGCUAAGGGGUAAGGUGAAGGCUGUGACUUCUGGUGACUGCCUUCUCAUCAUGGGCAGUACAAAGGCAGAGAUCCCGCCAGAGAAGUCCAUCACUCUGUCAUACCUUAUGGCUCCAAGACUGGCUCGUCGUAGUGGAGUGGACGAACCAUUUGCUUGGCAGAGCAGGGAGUUCCUGAGGGAACUCUGUGUAGGAAAGGAGGUUACAUUCAGAGUGGACUAUACAGCUCCUAACAUUGGACGGGAAUUUGGUACUGUUUACCUCGGCGACAAGAAUGUUGCCUACUCAGUAGUUUCUGCAGGAUGGGCAAGGGUAAAAGAACAAGUCCCGAAGGGCGGUGAACAAAGCCCAUAUCUUGCCGAGCUGCAGAGGUUGGAGGAAGUUGCCAAACAACAGGGUUUAGGGCGUUGGAGCAAGGAACCUGGUGCUGCUGAAGAAUCCAUAAGAGAUCUUCCACCAUCAGCAAUUGGUGAAUCAAGUGGUUUUGAUGCAAAGGGUUUUGCGGUUGCUAAUAAAGGAAAGAGUCUGGAAGCUAUUGUUGAACAAGUUCGUGAUGGCAGUACUAUCCGUGUUUACUUGCUCCCAAGUUUCCAAUUUGUGCAGAUAUAUGUUGCUGGAGUACAGGCUCCAUCCAUGGGGAGACGCCCACCAAAUCCUACUGUUGUUACUGAAGCGGAGGGCACUGCCGAUGCCACAAAUGGUGACGAUUCUGGGGAAACUCCUGCACCACUGACUACAGCACAAAGGCUUGCUGCAUCGGCGGUAUCUACUGAAAUUCCACCAGACAGGUUUGGCAGAGAAGCUAAGCACUUCACAGAGACUCGAGUUCUGAGCAGAGAUGUGCGGAUUGUUGUGGAGGGCACAGACAGCUUUAACAAUAUAAUUGGUUCAGUGUAUUACCCUGAUGGUGACACUGCAAAGGACUUGUCCCUUGAGCUUGUUGAAAAUGGUCUUGCGAAAUAUGUCGAGUGGAGCGCGAAUAUGCUAGAUGUCGAAGUCAAAAUAAAGCUGAAGAGUGCUGAACUUAAGGCAAAGAACGAACAGCUGCGCAUUUGGACUGGAUUUAAGCCACCAGUCACAAACUCGAAGCCAAUCCAUGACCAGAAAUUCACUGGAAAAGUGGUAGAAGUUGUCAGUGGGGAUUGCAUUAUUGUUGCUGAUGAUGCUGCUCCACACGGCAGUCCUUCGGCAGAACGCCGGGUUAAUCUUUCAAGUAUUAGGGCUCCUAAGCUAGGCAAUCCUCGUAAAGAGGAAAAGCCUGCAAAUUUUGCUCGUGAAUCUAAGGAGUUCUUGCGCACACGGUUGAUUGGCAAACAAGUGACUGUGGAAAUGGAAUAUUCUAGAAGGAUCAGCACUAUGGAUGGACAGAAUGUUCUUUCCUCGUCAAACGCAGCUGAUACCAGAGUUCUGGAUUAUGGUUCGGUUUUUGUAGGUUCACCAUCACUGGCCAGCGGAGAUGACACAUCUUCAAUCACUAGCCCGGGCAACCAGCCUAGAAUUAAUGUUGCUGAACUUUUGCUCUCGCGGGGCUUUGCUGAGAUAUCUAAACACCGCGACUACGAGGAAAGAUCACAUUAUUUUGAUGCUCUAUUAGCAGCUCAUUCACGAGCUGAGAAAGCAAAAAAAGGACUUCAUUCUGGCAAACUUUCUCCUGUGAUGCAUAUAACAGAUUUGACAAUUGUUUCUUCUAAAAAGGCCAAAGACUUCCUUCCGUUCCUACAGAGGAACAAAAGGCAUACUGCUAUUAUUGAAUAUGUUUUCAGUGGCCAUCGUUUCAAGCUAACAAUUCCAAAGGAGACAUGCAGCAUCGCCUUUUCAUUGUCUGGUGUUAGGUGCCCAGGUAAAGAUGAGCCCUACUCGAGCGAAGCUAUUGCUUUGAUGAGGAGGAUGAUUUUACAGCGUGAUGUGGAGAUUGAGGUUGAAGCAGUUGAUAGAACUGGAACAUUCAUAGGUUCCUUGUGGGAGUCCAGGACCAACAUGUCUUCUGUUCUUUUGGAGGCUGGGUUGGCCAAGCUUAAUUCAUUUAACUUGGAUCGGAUUCCGGAUGCUCAUGUCCUCACAAGAGCUGAACAGUCCGCAAAGCAGCAGAAACUGAAGAUAUGGGAGAACUACGUGGAGGGUGAAGAAGUUUCCAAUGGAUCAGCCUCUGAAUCCAAACAAAAGGAAAUUCUCAAGGUUGUUGUUACUGAAGUCCUUGGAGGUGGAAAGUUCUAUGCCCAGACAGUAGGUGACCAGAGAGUGUCUUCCAUUCAACAACAGCUUGCAUCAUUGAAACUUAAAGACGCACCAGUCAUUGGUGCUUUUAAUCCUGUGAAGGGAGAGAUAGUCCUUGCUCAGUUUAGCCUCGACAACUCCUGGAAUAGAGCCAUGAUUGUCAAUGGACCUCGAGGAGCUGUAGAGUCUGUAGAUGACAAGUUUGAAGUAUUUUACAUUGAUUAUGGUAACCAAGAAGUGGUUCCUUAUAGCCGCAUACGACCUGCAGACCCAUCAGUAUCCUCUUCUCCUGCUCUUGCUCAGCUGUGCAGCCUUGCCUUCAUAAAAGUGCCUGGCCUGGAAGAUGAUUAUGGUCAGGAAGCAGCUGAGUAUCUUAGUGAAUGCCUUCUCAGCAGUUCGAAACAAUACCGGGCAAUGAUUGAGGAACGUGAUACUUCUGGUGGAAAAUCAAAGGGACAAGGGACUGGGCCUAUUCUCAUUGUGACUCUGGUUGAUGGAGAGGCAGAAUCCAGCAUCAAUGCUGCCAUGCUUGAGGAAGGGCUUGCUCGGCUUGAAAGAAGCAAGAGAUGGGACACCAAGGAGAGGAAGACAGCACUCAAUAAUCUGGAGCAGUUCCAGGAGAAAGCAAAGAAGGAAAGGCUGCGUCUUUGGCAGUAUGGAGAUGUCGAAUCAGAUGAAGAAGAACAAGCUCCAGGUGCAAGGAAACCUGGAGGGCGUCGGUAGAUGGGAGAAGUCUGCUCCAGACAGUGGUAUGGUCAUGAUUCAGCCAUGAAGUUUUGGACACCGAGUGGAACUCUGUCAGGAGCUUAUAUUAAAACUAGUGAGAGGACUUCAUUUAUGCAGUUAGUUGGAACAGAACUUAGCAUCGCGAAAUUUUCUCACUUUGAGCAGAACUACCCUUCUUACAUCUUUGGAGUAUAAAAAACUUAAAUACAUUGUUUUUCCCCUAAGCUCAAUAAGGUCGUGUCCUUGUGGACUGUAUUUCUUUGUAGACAGAACAUAUAAUACUUAGAAUGGCGGUCAAUUAAAAUUCAGGAUUGAACUAGAAUAUCAAAAUGGAAGUUGUACUGGUGUCCUGUACUGUGGAUAUGACAAUUUGUUUCGUUAUGUUAUUCCCUGGAAAGAUAGUCUUCUCGAUUUA